AUGAGCGCGAGGAAGUUACAGCACGAGUUCGAUAGGCUAAACAAGAAGAUUGCGGAAGGGUUAGCUGCGUUUGAAGAAAUCAAGGGCAAGAUUCAAACUUGCGAAGUGCCAAGUCAACGCGAGAAACUCGAAAAUGAUCUCAAGAAAGAAUUAAAGAAGUUGCAAAGGUGCAGGGAUCAAUUAAAGUUAUGGCUUGGUGAUAAUGGUAUUAAGCUAGAUAAAAAUUUGUUACAGGAUAAUCGGUCCAAGAUUGAACAAGCGAUGGAUGACUUCAAGGAAGUUGAACGAAAUUCCAAGAUUAAGCAAUUCUCAAACGAAGGGUUGGAAAUGCAAAAAGAAACACAGAAGCAGUCGAGAUUUGGAGAUGUGGCCAAGGUUCAAGAAGCGUGUGAUUAUAUAUCUGAUAUUAUCCAACAGUUGAACAACCAGAACGAUGAGUUGGAUCGAGAAUUGGAGAGUUUAUCACAACAAAUGAAGAAGAAAGGUGGUCACUCUUCGACAACCCUGGCAACUAUUGAAGAUAUUAAGUAUAAAAUUGAUCGAAAUAAUACUCAUAUCGACAAGUUGGAAGGUGUAUUGGAAGAUUUAGAGAAUGACAGAUUGGACCCAGCAAAAAUUGAUGAUGUUAAGGAUGACUUGGAUUAUUAUGUUGAGAUGAACCAGGAUGAUGAUUAUGUUGAGUAUGAUGAAUUCUACGAUCAGUUGGAAGUUGCUGACGAUGACGAUGAAAAUGACAUUGAAAUAGAAGGAAGUUUAGCACAAAUGGCUACUGAGACGAUUGAAGAAGAAGAAAGAAAGAGGUUGGAGUUGCAACAAUUAGGAACUCAACAGUCGGAAGCUACAAGGGCAACCCACUCUGCUGCGUCUCAGACCGCAGGUACUACAACGGGUGCAUCAGCUUCUGCAUCUGCAUCUGCAUCCUCCGCGCUGUCGCAUCCUCACCAUUCUCAUCACCCAUCCUCCCAUAGUGGAAAAUCUUUAUCUGUGUCUAAUGAGCCACAUUUGCAGGGACAUGUAUCAUCAAGCAGUGGUGGAUUGCACAAUACUGCCAAUGUUUCUGCGGCGCCAGUGAAGAAAUUGAGGCAUCAAACAUCAAAUGUCGCUCUUGCACCGGCACCACCACCUCCAAUUACUAGUGGUAAUUCGUACUCUAAUGUUAUAAAAGCUGCACAGGCUGCUCAGUUAAACAACAACAACAACAACAACAACAAUAAUAAUAAUAUUAAUACUACUACUACUAGUAGUAGUAACAACAAUGGCAGCAGCAGCGGCAUCAAUGCUGCAAACGUCAUUAGUGGCGGAGGAAACACUACAAGUCACACUAGUACACCUAUUGUCAAUAAUAAUGUACCGCUCGCAACAGCCUUGGCAAAAAGUGUUAACAAUAACAACAAUACCAACGUUGCAACCCCGGGCAAGGCGCAACCUCCUCCCGGGUUAGCGCAUAUUGCUUCUGCUAAUAACGUCAUCAAUAAUAUUGCUAGAUCUCAGUCGUCGUCACCGCUUCCGAGUCAAAUUAAACUUCAUAAUCUUAAUGAUGGCGAGUUGUUGCGAAAAAAAGUGUCUAAUGCAUCUCAGCUGUCUACUGCAACCAAUAAUACCACUGGUAGUGCAACAAAUGGUGAUGGCACUGUGUAUUUUGGCGACUCUAUUAAUCAGUUCACCAAUGUUGCCAAUAGCCGAUUACAGGAUCCGUUACCGUUCCAGUCGAUUAGCAAUCUUUUGGAGUCGUCCUUGUUGAAUUGUCCGGAUUCUUUUGAUGCAGAGAAGCCGAGACAAUAUACACCAAAGACUGUGCACCCUUCACUGAUUGAUUAUCCACAGGAGCCCAUGUAUGAGUUGAAUAGUGUUCACUAUAUGCAAAAAUUUGAUGAUGACUUGUUAUUCUGUUGUUUUUACUAUGGCGAGGAUGGAUGCAUGGACAAUUUUGCCAAGUGGAAUGCUGCCAAAGAGUUGACUAAGAGAGGCUGGGUAUUCAACGAGGAGUUGAGUCAAUGGUGUCUUAAAAGUACUGGUAAGACAACUGGUAAAAUAGGCAGAUCUAGAUCAUCCUCUAUAGCACCUACUGCGCUUGCAGGUGGCAAUAGUGCAUCUGAUCAGUCUUUAACAGAGAACAAUGGCGGAGGUGAGAAGGAGAUGUAUACAAAGUAUUUUGAUGAAAAGACUUGGUUGAUUAGAAAUUAUAAUUACCAGAAAGUAUGA